GAUGACCUCAGUGGCUCCGUGUCACUGUCCUGGGUGGGCGACAGCACAGGGGUCAUCCUCGUCCUGACAACGUUCCAGGUGCCGCUGGUGAUCAUGAGCUUCGGGCAGUCCAAGCUGUACCGCAGCGAGGACUACGGGAAAACCUUCAAGGACAUCACCAGCCUCAUUAACAACACCUUCAUCCGGACCGAGUUCGGCAUGGCUAUCGGCCCAGAGAACUCGGGAAAGGUCAUCUUGACAGGAGACGUCUCUGGCGGCAGUCGUGGCGGCAGGAUCUUCCGCUCAUCUGAUUUCGCCAAGAAUUUUAUCCAGACGGAUUUACCCUUCCACCCCCUGGUGCAGAUCACCUACCACCCCCAAAAUUCAGACUGCCUGCUGGCCCUCAGCACCGAGAACAGCCUCUGGGUCUCCAAGGAUUUCGGAGAGAAGUGGGAGGAGAUCCACAAAGCCGUCUGCCUGGCCAAGUGGGGUGCGAACAACACCAUCUUCUUCACCACCUACAUGAACAACUCCUGCAAAGCUGAUCUGGGGUUACUGGAGCUAAAGAAAACCUCCGACUUUGGCAAAACCUUCAAGGUCAUCGGCACCAAGAUUUAUUCCUUCGGGUUGGGAGGACGCUUUCUUUUCGCCUCCGUUAUGACAGAGAAGGGUACCACGAGGCGAAUUCACGUCUCCCUUGACCAAGGCGAGACCUGGAACAUGGCCCAGCUCCCCUCCGUUGGCCACGAGCAAUUUUACUCCAUCCUGGCCGCUAACGACGACCUGGUGUUCAUGCACGUAGAUGAGCCGGGCGACACGGGUUUUGGCACCAUCUACACCUCCGACGACCGUGGCAUCGUCUAUUCCAAGUCCUUGGAGCGGCACCUCUACACCACCACCGGCGGGGAGACCGACUUCACCAAUGUCACCUCGCUGCGGGGCAUCUACAUCACCAGCGUCCUCUCCGAAGACAACUCCAUCCAGUCCGUGAUCACUUUUGACCGCGGUGGGGAGUGGGUGCCGCUGCGGAAACCCAAAAACACCACCUGCGACUCCACGGCCAGGAGCAAGGACGAGGUGGGUCUGUGUCCCCCAGGGGUCCCGGUGACGUUCCCCUGGGUGUACCCUGUCUUGCUGUCCCCCGAGCAUCCCCUUGGCAGAGCCAAAUCCAUCCCACAGCUCCCGCCAGAGAUGCUGAGGGUGCGGGGCCAGCCCAUCUCUCAGAAGCUGAACGUCCCCAUGGCUCCCCUCUCCGAGCCCAACGCCAUCGGCAUUGUCAUCGCCCACGGGAGCGUGGGGGGGGCCAUCUCGGUGAUGAGCCCCGAUGUCUACAUCUCGGACGACGGGGGCUACACCUGGGCGCGGAUGCUGGAGGGGCCGCACCAUUACGCCAUCCUGGAUUCGGGCGGUCUCAUCGUCGCCAUCGAGCACACCAGCCAGCCCGUCAACGUCAUCGAGUUCUCGACGGAUGAAGGGCAGUGCUGGUAUAAGUACACUUUCUCCAAGGACCCCAUCUUCUUCACCGGCCUGGCCUCGGAGCCGGGGGCUCGCUCCAUGAACGUCAGCAUCUGGGGCUUCCGGGGGAACUUCCUCUCCCGCAAGUGGGUCUCCUACACCAUCGACUUCAGCGAGCUGCUCAGCAGGACCUGUGAGGACAAGGACUACACCAUCUGGUUGGCACACUCCAGUGAUCCCAGCGAUCCCAGUGACGGCUGCAUACUGGGCUACAAGGAGCAAUAUCGGCGUCUCCGCAAGUCCUCGGUGUGCCAGAAUGGCCGGGACUACAUGGUGACCAAGCAGCCAUCCGUCUGUCCCUGCACGCUGGAGGAUUUCCUCUGCGAUUUUGGCUACUACCGCCCGGAGAACCAGUCUGUCUGUGUGGAGCAGCCGGAGCUGAAGGGCCACGACCUGGAAUUCUGCCUCUACGGCAGACAGGAGCUGCUCAGGACUAGCGGGUAUCGGAAAAUCCCCGGGGACAAGUGUUCGGGAGGGGAGAGUCCGAGCCGGGAGGAGACGGACAUGAAGAAGAAAUGCACCAGCAACUUCCUCAACCCCAGCCAGCUGGCAGCAUCCACCAGCUCCACCCCCAUCAUCCUGGCCGUUGUGGCUGUGCUGCUCGUCACUGCUGUGGCCGGAGUCCUGCUCGUCAAGAAAUACGUCUGUGGGGGCAG